CUGGCGAAGGCGGCCCCGGGGAACGGGCUCCAGCGGCAGCCGGACGCAAGGCGAGGGGAGAGAGCACGACGCCCCGAACGAAUCCCGGGGGAGACCGCCCGCAGAGCCGCGGGGGGCGCCGGACCCCGCUGCAGAUUGUUUGUUUUCCCUAGACAUAAUGUCACAUGGAGAUGAUCAGCAAUCGCACGCUCUUGCCAAACCUACUUUCAGUGACGUACAAGCCUCUGCAUUAGUGGAAUCGGUAUUUGGGUUAAAAGUUUCCAAGAUCCAGCCGCUUCCUAGCUAUGAUGACCAGAACUUUCACGUGUGCAUUUCAAGUACCAAAGACACUACAGAUGGGCCAACUGAGUACGUUCUCAAAAUAAGCAACACCGAGUCCAGCAAAACUCCAGAGCUGAUUGAAGUGCAGAAUCACGUCACCAUGUUUCUGAGAGCUGCUGGGUUCCCAACGGCCUCUGUGCGUCACACUGUGGCCGGCAACCUCACUGGUCUCAUGGCCGUAGAUGGCGGCGCCGGAGUCCCAAGCCACCUGGUGAGGCUGCUGUCAUACCUCCCGGGAAGACCCGUUGCCGAGACCCCCAGGAGCCCCCAGCUGCUGUACGAGAUUGGGAGGCUUGCUGGCAAACUGGAUGAGACCUUGCAGAAAUUCCAUCACCCACAGUUAAGUAGUCUUCGUCGGGAGAACUUCAUUUGGAAUCUGAAAAACGUUCCUCUUCUGGAGAAAUAUCUGGAUGCCUUGGGCCAGAACCGAAACCGGGAGAUUGUCGUGCAGGUCAUUCAGCUGUUCAAGGAUGAAAUCCUGACCAAACUAAGUCAUUUUCGAGAGUGUAUCAAUCAUGGAGAUCUUAAUGACCAUAAUAUUUUAGUGGAGUCCAGCAAGUCAGCCUUUGGAGAUGCUGUAUAUCAAGUGUCUGGGAUUUUGGACUUCGGCGACAUGAGCUACGGCUACUAUGUGUUUGAAGUGGCCAUCACCAUCAUGUACAUGAUGAUUGAGAGCAAGAGUCCCGUACACGUGGGAGGUCACGUCCUUGCAGGGUUUGAGAGCGUCAUCCCGCUGACGCCCGUAGAGAGGAGUGCCUUGUUUCUCCUCGUGUGCGGUCGCUUUUGCCAGUCCCUCGUCAUCGCUGCAUAUUCUUGCCAGCUACACCCAGAGAACAAAGACUAUCUCAUGAUUACCGCAAAAACCGGGUGGAAGCACUUGCAGCAGAUGUUCGACAUGGGCCAGAAGGCUGUGGAAGAAAUCUGGUUUGAAACUGCUAGGUCCUACGACUCUGGGGUCUCCAUGUGACCCGGGAGCCUUCACAUGAGCUCCGAUCAUGAAAAACCCAAGGGGACCAAAUCUCAUUCUACCCAGGAUUUCCCUGCACAGUGAGAAAUGAACUGAUGGAACAGACCAGUGCCCGUGAAACCACAAAGGCCUUCAAGCAAUCUCACGACCACUCUUUAAAUUUACGCAAGUGCCCCCUGAGCAGGCACGUCUCUCUGGGGGUCCAGCUAGCCUCAUGUAUAAAACAUGCAGGAGGAUGUUUGGAGUCAGAUAAUCUCUCAAGGACUGUUCCAGCCCUGAGCUCAGUGACUGUGCUAAACUUUGAAAGGAACACAUGUGUAUGGACAGAUUCACAUAUUUUAAAAAUUGGGCGUCACACAGGCACCUGGAUAACACAGCACCAAUUCUGUGAAGCCUCCUCCUGUUGCUCCAUUUCUCUAGAACCCCACUGUUCUUGUCUUCAUUAUGGCACGUCACCUGGUAUCCUGGAGUAUGUCCGUAGCCUAAGAGGGCAGAGACUACAUCAAACUAUUUUUUCGUCUCUCAUCCCUUUUUUUAUACCUGAUACAGCGCUUCCCCCUGGUUUCAAAGGAUGUUUGCAAAAUUAAUGUACGCUAAGAGAAAGGUGUGAGAAGAUACGGCACAGACUAAGAUACAGACAGUGUUCAUAAGAAAAAGUGUUAAUGUGCUUGAGAGGGUAGUUGAAACUGGACCUCUAGAGAUGGAUGCUGGAAGGCACUGGGCCUGCGAGGAAGCCAAGAAAGACCUCUGGGCAAGGCCACCAACUCCUGAGUGAGCUACCUAAACAUCACAGUUACUUAUCAGGUUGACACUAAGAAAGUCUCUAAGCAGAUAUUUUAAAAUCGCUCUCAUUUAUGGUUCUUUUCAUAUGAAUAUGUAAUGUUGGUGAACCGUAGCUCACCGUGUACUUGACGUUCAUUAUACUUCUGUUUCCUUCGCUGAUUUCUCUUCAUGUCUCUCUUCGUAUGAUUUAUUAAAUGGCUCUUUACUUAUUCUUGUGGGUUUGUCCGUUCUCUAAGACGUCUCAAGUCUACAAGCCUGGUCAUUCAAACACCCUUUCAGUGUUGUCUCUUUCAAUAUAUAUGAACAACCACUGCUCUGUCUGUGGAGUCGCCUCGUUAGAGGAAAUUCAGGUGUAGUUGAUAGGGGUUUAUGAUGAGUAACAAAGACACUCCUCUCUCCCCUACCAUUCAGGAGAUUACAAGGGUUUUAGAGGCUUUGUCCCAGAACCAGGACGAAAACCAAACUGUAUUUCUUAUUAUAUCACAGUAUUUUACAUGCAUUAUCUCAUUUCAUCUCCACAACAAACCCCCGAGAGAAGCAAUGCAAUGAUUAAUUCCCAUUUUCAAAUGAGGAGUUUACUUACAGAGCCAGGGUCCUAGUCUUCUCCUUCUCCCACCCACCAUGCACGCACGCGUGAGCACAUCUGUAUCAGGAUCAAAUGAGAUCACUCACAUGAAAGCACUUACACUUCUGAAAUUUAAGGCAUUGUGUAUAUAUAUAUAUAUAUAUAUAUAUAUUUUUUUUUUUUUUUUUUUUUUUUUUUUUUUUUAAGAUUUUGUCAUUAACUGGGGCUCCUGGGUGGCUCAGUCGUUAAGCAUCUGCCUUCGGCUCAGGUCAUAGUUCCAGGGUCCUGGGAUUGAGCCCCCGCAUCAGGCUCCCUGCUUGGCGGGAAGCCUGCUUCUCCCUCUCCCACUCCCCUGCUUGUGUUCCCUCUCUUGCUGUGUCUCUCUCUGUCAAAUAAAUAAAAUCUUAAAAAAAAAAA